AUGACAGUGCCCAACCCAACGCUGCCCCUGCACAAGAGACCAGAAAACAGGAUCUUGUUUGCUGCCCACGAGGACCAACUCCUCGGCGAACAUCAGGGGCAGGCGUCUGCCUGUGAGGCCGCGCAGAACCACCAGCACUUCUCUGAGUCCUCCGGGCCUCUCAGGUGGAACUCCGACUGUCUCUGCGAUGUGGACCCCUGUCUACACAAGCCCAGGUACGACUUCACCAGCUUCUUUUCCUUCCUGGAGAUCUGGCACACCGUGGCCACCAUCCCCAAGGUGCUCACCAGCCUGGCCAUUACAUCGAUCUCCACACUGCCCUUCUGUGGCCCCUGCCAGAUCCACCAGCCAUUCUGUGACCUUGAGCCUUUGACCUGCACAAACAUGUCCAUGAUGCUGGUGGCAGACAUCCAUGCCAUCGCCAUCAACUUCUCAGUGCUGGUCAUAGCCAUCGCCUACAUCAGGGCCGUGGCUGUGACCCAGCGCAUCCCCUCCACGGAUAGCUGCCAGAAGAUCUUUGUCCUGUUCUGUGGUGCUGACUCACUCACUGACUUGUGCUUCUCUGCCACGGUCCUGUCUGUCCUCUGCAAGGUCACUGCACGGAUGUCUGCAGUCCUGCCUCCCUUCAACCCCAUCAUCUGCGACUUAAGGACAAAGGAUGUGAAGACUGUGAUUAAGAGACUCCUGUGCCAUCGGAAGGUGCUGAGCACGUCUUCAGGUCAGUGA